GAAAUGUAUACCCACUAUGAGUAGAAAUUCAGCUCGACCUGCAAUGUCCUAACACCAUGAGGAACAAAGUCGCACCAGAGGAACCGAGCAAGAUUCCCCAGGUGUUCCUGGUUGAAACUGUAGAAACAAGCCAACCACGGUCGUCCCAACGCUCAACUUCUCCAACAUGUGACAAAUCAGCGUGCCAGUCUGGCCUAGAACCACUCCUCCGAUCCAGAGCCAUCCUGUACCGGGAACGACGCGAGUGCUCCUGCUGCACCUCCCCAACCUACGAGAUCAUCGACGAGCAGGACCAAGUACUGUACGAAGUCCGUGAACUGGACGGUUUUUGCUGUUGCGGUCCGAAUGUCGCACUGGCGGCGAACGCAUACGGCUCGAUGGUGCUGCACUUUCGUAUGGAUCAAUACUGCGACGGGUGCUUUCUGGCGCCAUACAAGGGCAUUUCCGUGUCCGAUGCCACGGGCCGGCUGUUGGGAUCGGUGGAAAUGCAGUUUUGGUCGCUGAAGAAUCGGUUCGAUGUGCUCGAUUCGGACGGACGACUGCUGUUUAAGGUUACGAACAGGACGAAAUUUUGCGGGGCUCAAACGUUUUACGUGCACGAUCGGGAGAGAAAGAUGGCGGGAAGGAUUUUGCAGGAAGGAAUGGGAUUUUGCUACAAAAUUGAGUAUUUUCAAGGAUUGGAUUUGACCGCGAGGGUUACGCUGAUUGCUGCCACGAAGUUUAUUAUUUAUCAACUGAAAGCUGCCCGUUCAUCCCAUUAA